CGAGUGAGUUCAGUCGAUGCGAAUUUCCCGUUCAUCAUUUUCGACUCCCACCUCUUGGCCUUUUCGCGCCACGGCUGGCGCAAGCCGGUGACGGAAGAAUCCUGCCUUUCGCGCACAUGACAUGCCGCCGCACAUCGGCCCGCGUCCCGCCGCAAUCUCCCGCUCCUGCCUUCCUCCCGCCAGCUAAGCGGACCAACUCCAUCCACACCGCAGGCAAUCGCCGAGUUGGCCUCUGCUGCCACAACUGUGGCCUAUCUGCCUCAGCUGUAGCCAUUUCGUGAGCUUGUGCGGUCCUGGUGUGAGCCAACAUGCCAAACUGGUGGCGACACGAUUGCGUGGCACUGCUGACGUUACUCUCGGUGGUUGACGCAUCAACAGCAAAACUGACGAAUCUUGUGUCACUUCACUCUGCACUCGACGUCACCCACUUCCACACGCCGUCACACUUGCAACAGCCCCUGCUCUGAACACCUCUACCAACCGUUCCAAGGCCACCAUGGGCCAUCGCAACAAAGUAUACACGCCGCACCCUGCGGCAAUGCCUACCCCGGCCGGCCGUUCCUAUGAGCGCUCGGCCAAGGCCUUUGAGAAGGAGAUCACCUCAUUCCUCACCGCAACCUAUGAGAUGGUGUCCGACCCCGAGUGUGAUGACGCACUUGCUUGGUCCGACGCAGGCGACACCUUUGUCGUUCACUCGCCGGACAAGUUUGCUCGCAACGUGCUUGGCAAGUACUUUAAGCACUCGAACUUCCAGUCGUACGUCCGCCAGCUCAACAUGUACAACUUCCACAAGGUCAAGUCGCGCCACCGCUGGGAGUUCUUCCACAACUACUUUGUCCGUGGCCAUCCCGAGCUCCUGACCUCGAUCAAGCGCAAGUCGACCCGCAAGUACGUGCCGUCGCCCGAGAAGCGCGCAGCCGCAGCCGCAGAGCGCAAGCGCCGCCGUUCGGCCUCGCGCUCGCGCCGCUCCGAGUCGGCAGCCGUGCCGGAGCCUCUGCCGGCCCCCGCAGCCGCAGCUGGCCCGUCGCAGCCGCAGCUCGCUCCGAUGGCUGUCGCUAGGCCCAGCAUGCAGGCCUUCCCGGUCCCGGCCGCGCCCAACCCGGCCAUGUCGGUCCCCAUCGGCGUCCCGCCGUCGCCGCGUGGCCUCAAGCGCCGGCGCCGCCAGUCGGCUGCCUUUGGUCCGGUCACCAUGCCGUCGUCAACCGGCCCAGUCCCGCGCCCGGUCGGCAAGCCGCCGUCGCCGUCUACCAUCUCGGUCAACCCGCUGCCGGUGCCGAUGCGCGAGGCAAGGGCCGUGCCGACCCGCUCGAGUGCUGCCCGCUCGCGCGACGCGCCACAUUCGCGCGAGCUCACCCCGUCGCAGCUCUCGCUGCAGUCGCGGUCGGCCAAGGCCGCCCUCAACGUCCGCAAGCUCUCCAGCGCCGAAAUCGAUGAUCUCACCGUCAAGGUCCGCUCCCGGUACCCGGAAGAGUACGCUGCGCAGGUGGUCAACGAAAUCGUGACUCGGCGCAACGUCAAGCAGCUCGACCUCCUCGACCGCUUCUACACCAAGGACAAGCUCGCCAACUCGCGCGGCUCGUCGCCUAUGCCGUCGAUGACCCCGCGCCCGGUCAAGCGCCGCAAGACGCUCAAGGCGCCGUCGUCGCCGCUCCCGCCGCCGUCGCGCAAGGACCUCCCCUCGGCCUCCAAGCGCCCGCCCAUGCUACGCGUGCCCAACUUCCGCAACUCGGCUGCAUCGUCUGAAGCCUCGGCCCCCUCGCGCUCGCGCCACGCCGCCGCCACCCGCAUCGCCUCCUCGCUCUACCCACUGCUCGCAACUGCCUCGGAAGGCACCUUCUUUGGCCAGCUGCCGUCGUCGCUCUCCUGCAACGAUCUCGCGUCGGUCGGCUUUGAUGACCUGGCCGUCCCGGUCCUGCCCUCGCCCGCGCCCACCGUCCUUCCCUCGCCUUCGGGCCUGCCCAUGCAGACCUUUGUCGACUCGGUGGUCAUGGAGCCGAUGCCGUAGCCGGCGCUUUGCCCGCUGCUCGAGUGAGGCUGCACAUACCCUCCCCCCCCCUCCUCCCCCUCUCUUGCACACUACAUCGUACACUCUCCUUUUUCUACACA